CCACUAAUCACUCAUCGACCGCCAAUCGUUCAAACCCACCACUCGAAUCACUUCAAACAAACCAUAACAACUCUCUCAUAAUGUCCGGCCCGGCUAAUUUUGGGGGACCUACACGGGUUAUUCUGGACGUGAAGGGGGAUGUGCCAGACUGGAAGGAGGAGUACAAGAAGUUCUUGUUGUCCGUGAAAGACUCCGAGGGGUACUUCCGAUACCGAUGGGGCCCUUGGAAAGAGGACCCAAGCAAACUGGAGAUCUUGGCCAGUAUGUGUCGUGCCCUCUUCCCCGAUAUAGUCCCAUGUAUCAAUAACUUACCGCCGUGCAUAGCUUGGGCUCCUAUGGAGACCCGCCAGGCCUUCGGCAAGUCCCCGCAUCACCAGAGAGCAGUCGACGCUCUGAAGCCGGUCCUCGCCGGGCCGACGCCCACCAAAUGCCCCCGUUUCGAUCUCGACACCACCACGUUCGUGCCUCCGCCGCCCCAGCUCAUCAACAGCCCCAUCUGCGAGGUCAUCACAGUCCGCCACUGCACCGGCGACCCGAAGUUGAUGGCGGAGACGCUCAAGAAGGCGGAGGCCCUGCCCGGAUGCUACUCCGCCCACUCGGGGAUCGGGGCGACGGAUACACCCGACCAGGGCACCGUGUGGAUCGGGUUCGUCGGGUGGAGGGACUACGAGUCAAGCGAGGAGGCUGACAAGUCCAUUUACAUGCCUCACGGAAUGGGAGAGCUUGAGAGCCACCACAUCAACUUCAACUUCCCCAUCAAGGGGUUUUCCGUCACCAACCCUGGUAGAUAA